CUGCCCGAGCGAGCAGCUUCAUUCGGGGAGCGCGAGCCUCGCAGCCGCCGCCGCCACUGACCGCCCGCCCGCCCGCCACAGCCAGCGUCCUCCGCGAUGUCGGCUAAUGCUGCUGCCAUGCCCGCGGCUGCUGGAGGAGAGGCCGGGGGUCCCCCUCCUCCCCCGCCCAACCUCACCAGUAACCGAAGGCUCCAGCAAACCCAGGCUCAAGUGGAUGAGGUGGUGGACAUCAUGCGAGUCAACGUCGACAAGGUCCUAGAGAGAGAUCAGAAGCUCUCGGAGCUGGACGACCGUGCCGACGCCCUUCAAGCCGGAGCCUCCCAAUUCGAAACCAGCGCCGCCAAGCUUAAGCGCAAAUACUGGUGGAAGAACUUAAAGAUGAUGAUAAUUCUGGGGGUGAUAUGCGCCAUUAUCUUGAUCAUCAUCAUUGUUUACUUCAGUACUUAGUGGGAAUUCUCCGAGACGUUUCCCCAACCAGGAGCAGCGGCCAGGAGAGGCGCAGGGGCCCGAGUCUUCCAGCGCCCAGCUUUCCCGCCAUACCCCGCCCCUCCCGACUCCUCCCUUUCCCUCCCUCCCUCCCCCCUCCCUUCCCCGCGUGUGUGCGUGAGCGUGGCGUUGCGUGUGGGUGUCUUGUAAAUAGCCCGAUUUGUUAUUUAUACAUAUACAUAUAUACAUAUAUAUAUAUAUAUAUAUACAUAAAAUAUAUAUAUAUUAUAUUAUAUUAUAUUUUGUCUGUUUGUAGAUUUCUAUCUAGACUUUCUAUGUGUCGCUCCCGCCGUGGUUUUUUCAGUGUCUUGAUUUUUAAACGACAAAACCUUCGAGGACCAAGGCCCCCUGCCCGAUUCUUGCCUCCGUGGUUCUCCCCUUCCCCAAUUCGGUGGGCUCCCGACCCCCAUUUUUCCGCAAUUCCUAGUUGCCACACGGAUCAUACCCGAUAUUGGAAUUGUAUCCCUGCCUUCCUCUUCCCCAAAUAUCUGGAAAUCAGAAGAUUCCAGUUGGCUCGUUGAGAAGAUCCGGGAGAAAUUCUCUCUUCGGAGUCGCUCCCCGUUUAGUCUUCUCGGCCACGCUGCUAGUCCUCAGUGUCUUGGUCACCUCUCCUCCUAUCCCCGGACCUGGUGAUCUCCUCUUAACUUUUAUUUAUUUAUUAACUUAUUCGACUCGUACUGCCAGUUUUCUCCCUUAAGUGUCUCCGGGGAGCUCCCGUGGCGUUGGGGAGUUAACGCCUCCUUUUCGAGGGUCGGCCCCGGGUGGGAAUUCUCCCGCCGGCCGUGACGUUCUCCUCCCUCCUCCGAAACCACGGCGAUUUUACUGCCAUUGACUUCCCGCGUGUAGAAACCACUGUUGCUUUUAGUUGUGAACAACGGCGAUGAAACACGGUUGUGACUCGACAUUCCACUCUUUCUCUAAAGCGGAGAAGGAGGACAUUUUCCCCCUUCUUAGGACCUGUGCGUUAUUUUUUUCUUGCGAUCUACUGCCUACCUAAACCCUGUUUUCAGGAGUUGUGUGUGCUUGUGGGUGCAUGCCUUGGGUGUGUAUGUGUGACUACGAUAGGAGGAGGGAGGGGUGUGUGUGUGUGCUCCAGCUUCAGAGGCGAUACUCAGCCGCUUCGUAUCGGUUCGCACGAAACGGUAGUGGAAAUCGCAGGUGAGCCGGUCCGCCUCCCCCCGGGUUCUAUGCCGUCCAAUUUAGGCACGUUUUCAUGCAAACCGCGCGCAUGAUCGACGCACCAAGCGCUUUACGAAGCGGUAGGGAAAGUAAGCGCAGAAUCACCCCUGCCCGGCUUGUCUCCUUUUCCAGAAGACGCAAAAAACCAGCAGAUCUUAACGGCAUAAACCGUUAAGGGGGAGGAAGUGGGGGCUCGUUCCCGGGGCUGACUAGGCUAGAUACUUUCCUGACCCCGAUCCUGUGAACGAAACGAGGGCCGUCCUGUGUUCGAAUCCCGUGGUGAAAAGCUAUCCCUUUAUGGUUAGAAUGAAUUUAUUUAUUUAUUUUUAUAUAUAUAUAUAUCUCGUCGGCGCUUUCUGUUGUCCUCGGUUUCGCCAAGAGGCGGUUUAAAAGCUGGUUUCAAGCAGGAAAGGGAGACGGCAGCUCGCUAAGGAAUGGCUGUGGAUAAAAGAGACUCCCCUCCCCUCCUCCUUUUUGUGCAAUCUCUCCCACCCCACCCCUUCCCGCCUCCCCCCACCCCCUUGUUGGCUCUGUCCUCCAAGCCUGGCCACUUUUCAGCUUUUGCAACUGUUGUAAUUGUGAUUAAUUGUGACUGCGUGACCACCAAUUUCCCCCACCCACCCACCCCUGUUUUCAGCACAAACUGCCAUGUUUCCGGGCCUGUUUAUAAUGUUGGCUUACAUGUGAGGUUUUUUUUUAAAGUAUUUUUUUUGGGGGGGGGGGUACACCCAGUCCCCAAUUUCUCUCUCACCCCCCCCCACCCCGCCGGCCUUUCCUCUUCUCUCCCUUCUCCUCCCCCAGUGGAGGAAAAUAGCUGCCUACACAAUUGCUCCCUGGGACCAAGGAAAUCUUUGUUGGAAGAGGACGAAGAAGGAAGAGAGGAAGACUGCAAACGUUGGGGGGGGGAGGGCAAAGCACCGAUGGCGGGGUAGGGGGGCUGUCUCGGCAGGAGACCCUUCUCCGGUCCAGGUGUCCUGCUGGAGGGGGAAAGAAAUGAAAACCGAACAAGACACGGAUUUUGGGAAAGGGAGGGGGGAACGCCGCGGCGGGAAAAAGAUUGAGAAUUAGCCCGAAGGGAGAAAUUUGGGGAAGGGUCUCCCAGUUCCUUGUUUGGAGGGAUGACGGGAGGGGGGGUCUUCACUUUCACCCCCUCCUCAAGCUGGCCAAGGGAGAGGAGGAGUCAAUUUCCGGGGAGGGGGAGAAAAGAGUGGGGAGGGGGAGAACACAUUGAGAGAUGGAGCCACCGGGGUAGAAGUGGGGGGGGGGGGUUAUCCGUUGACGCAUUGUCUUCCAUAUAUAGUCUAGGACAGUGUUUCUCAACCUUGGCCACUUGAAGAUGUCCGGACUUCAACUCCCAGAAUUCCCCAGCCAGCAUUUGCUGGCUGGGGAAUUCUGGGAGUUGAAGUCCGGACAUCUUCAAGUGGCCAAGGUUGAGAAACUGGUCUAGGAGAAGGGCCGUCUAUGGUUGGAGGACCCCAGAAACCAACAUUUGAUUCAAAGGCAGAUUAAAUUAGUUUUUUUGGGGGGGACGGAGGGGCUUUAAUGAUAUUUGCAGGGGGGGGACAAGUGAGGCAAGCUGCCGAUUGUGAGCCCAUCCGCCAUCGCGGAUUAAAGACACGUGUGGGUCCUUCCGCUAGGCCGCAACCCUUUGCGGGGUGCCGCCGGCAUUUUGUGCAAGGGGGGGGGGGGGAAAGAAUUUGAGCUGCCUUUUAAUCAAGCGAUUUCAGUGCGAAAAGGGGAUCCCUCGUUAUAGAUAGUGUAAUCGAUAAUGCCACUUUUGAGAUGGGGAGGGGACUUCAAUUCCCAGAAUCCUCCCCGGCCUGCGAGUUCACAAGAUGGUCCUUGGGGAGGGGGAAUUCUGGGAGUUGAAGUUCUCCCCCCCUCGGUUUUGGAAGCGGCCCAAGGAUGAGGAAAAGACUGGAAUAGAGAAGUCACUUUUUAAGACCCAUGGGAACUUCAACUCCCAGAAUUCCCCCAGCCUGGCUGUGGGGGAAUUCUGGGAGUUGAAGUUCCCCCUCGUUUUUUUGAAUCGGCCUAAGGAUGAGGAAAAUGGUUUAAUAGAUAAAGUCACUUUUUAAGACCAAUGGGAACUUCAACUCCCAGAAUCCCCCCACCCAGCCUGUGAGUUCACGAGCACAUCCUGCAGGGGAAUUCUGGGAGUUGAAGUCCCCCCCUCAUCUUCUGAAGUGGCCCAAGGAUGAGGAAAACAGUGUUAUCGAUAAUGUCACUUUUAAGACCAGUGGGAACUUCAAUUCCCAGAAUCCCCCCAGCCUGCCUAUGGGGGAAUUCUGGGAGUUGAAGUUCCCCCUCGUCUUUUGAAGCGGCCCAAGGAUGAGGAAAAUGGUGUAAUAGAUAAAGUCACUUUUUAAGACCAAUUGGAACUUCAACUCCCAGAAUCCCUCCAGCCUGUGAGUACAUCCUGCGGGGGAAUUCUGGGAGUUGAAGUUCCCCCUCGUCUUUCGAAGUGGCCCAAGAAUGAGGACAAUGGUGUAAUCGAUAGUCACUUUUAAGAUGGGGAACUUCAACUCCCAGAAUCCCUCCCCGGCCUGCAAGUUCAUGAACACAUCCUGCAGGGGAAUUCUGGGAGUUGAAGUUCCCCGUCCUUGAAUCCACCCAAGGAUGAGGAAAAUAUUAGAAUAGAGAAAGCUACAAUGGGGGUGUUUUUUGAGGGGGGGGGGGUAGGACCGGGAGGGGAAGACAAGGGGCUGCCUCUCUCCGUUUUGGCCAGCAGGUGUCGUUGUGGAGACGUGUAACUUGCCCAAAGGAGGGAAUGAAAAAAAGAAUUAAAAAGAGGAAUAAAAUGGA